AUGUGUAUGUAUGUAGUGCCUUGGUUUAAGGUAGUGAAGAGAUUUCAGUGUGUGUGUGUGUGUGUGUGUGUGUUUUGUUCUUCAGGUAUGGAUCGGUUCUGCAGUUUUAAUCAAUCAGAUCCCUGUUAUGCAGCUCUGGGACACAAACUUAGCCUGCAGAUGGUGGACGCUAGUAAAUAUGAUCUGCAGAUAAUAAAGAGAAUAAACAACAACACAGCAGAUGAUCCAGUUUGUAGAGUAAAGAAUGACAGUAUGAGGAUGGGUGAAUGUGAUCUUUAUAAUAACAGAUCUGAUGUGACAGUCAUCAAUGGGACUCUGAUAAUAAACCGUGUGAACAAAGCAGAUUCAGGGAAUUACAGAUUAAAACUCUCUCACUCAGACGGCUCAGAAACAUCUAGAGAUCUUCAAGUGAUUGUUGAAGGUCAUUCAGAGGUUCUGAUCGUUUUGGGAUGUCUUGCUGUAAUUCUCAUCGUUCUGGUCAUCAUCGCAUAUUACGUUUACAAGAAGAAGAAUCAGCUCAAACCCACAAAUGUGGAAAAUGUCUCAGCAGGCCCUCAGGAGAAAAAGGAGCAAGAGAUUCAAUAUGGAGAAGUGAUAUUCACUGACAAUAAGGUUCGACAGCAGCCGUGUAAAGAACAGGACGAGUGUUUGUAUGCUCAGGUGCAGUCACGCUAGUGUGAAACCACCGCACGAUCAUCCGCGGUCAAUGCAUAGUGUGACAUCACACUUCACUGGCAUGAAGACACUACACGACAGCUUUUAGCUGCUUGUGAUGAAAUGCUCGGCUUAGUUCCCCUUUUUUUUUCCCUGUGUGGCAACAGAAAAACACAGCAUCUGAUCCCGAACAGAAAUAUAAUAAGAUUAACUCUGAUUGACUUUCCAAUGAAGCCGCUGAAGGGAACCACGACUGCUGUGAACAAUUAAUGACUUUUUAUAUAAUUAAUGACAUGCUGUGCAAUGUUUGUUUCCUUGUGCUGCCUUCCUUCCCAGAUGGCACACGUACGUCUGCAAGAUGUCUGUUGAAGAUCGUUUGAUCUGGAAAGCAUCUACUGUGUACAAGCGUCUGACAGAUGUCUUUCAGAUGUCAGUUUUACAUACAUUCUGAAUCAUAAACAUCUAAUAUACGUCUGUUUGACAUCUGAUAGGAAACGUCCAAUAGACGUAUUGCAGAUGAGAUCUAACAUUCUCA